AGUGCUCGGCAUUAUCGACCUGUACGCCAUCUGAUUUGCCGCCGAGUCGUUUCCGACUAAACGCAGUCCGCCGCGCUUAUUCACGUUAGCCACGAUCCAGUGCCCGAAAAACACAUACAAAUACUAACUUACACACACACUCAUACACACCCACCUACACACCAACACACACAAACACACACGCUCUCACUCACACACUUACACACACACGCGCGCACGUCGGAAGUAAUAUUAUAUUAUCAUAAAUAUAUACUUUGACGGACCGUCGUUAUUAUCACGUCGCCGUCGUUGUCAUCGAGAACGCCACCGCGGAUCGAUACGAGUGUCGAUAUUUCUGGUGAAUUUAUCGUCGUCGCAUCCCUCGCCCCCUCGGUCCACCGUUGCGCAUUGCAUGUGCGGACGAUCCAAUGUCGCAUUCGCCGUGACCGUCCCCGACAAGGCGUUCGGAUUCUGGCAGGACGGUAGCGAAGUCGAGAACAACGACGGCGGCGGUGACGGCGACAGCAGCUUCGGGGGUGGCGGAGGUGGUGGCGGUGGCGACAACAAAAACGACGACGACGACGGCGACGGUGACAGUGACAGAAGCUGCGGUGACUGUUGAUCGAUUUGACGAAUACGAAAUCAUGGACAACGCAAAGUCGAAGGCCGAUUGACGACCACCGCCGGUAAGUCAUGAAACAGAAGAAGAAGAAAGAUGAACCGCCACGGCCAUCGUCUGGCACAGACGAACAACAGCAGCAAUGUAACGGUGCAGGUGAGCCAAGACCCAAGAAAUCGGCACUUAAACGCACGGCGACUAGCGGUGGCUCCAAGGCAGCCAAGUCCAGCAAGCACAAGCGGCACGUGCAGUUCAACGAAAGCUUGAACGUAUUCUUUGAGUCGGACUACGUGAUCGUCAUCCGGGACGAUGACUGUGAGUUCGACGAGGAGGACUUUGACUUUUGGUCACAGCAGCCGUGCAGCUGUGGUGACGAAUCGUGUUUCCAGCCGUGGCUUGACGAUGACGAUGGUCGGGGCAUGCCACCACUCGACCCGUACGAAGAACAGCCAGCCACGCUCAGUCCACCUGAUGGAUACAAGGACGGCUGUCCCAGACACGUACCACCGCCGUCUCUGGACCACCUGAAAUAUGCAGAUGAUGAUUUAGCUACAAGAUAUGGUUCGGAUGUGAUGGACAGUUCUAGCGAUACGCAUAUCGCUACACCAUAUAAUUCCAAUGUCAACGCCUCGUCCUAUUUCGAGGAUAAUCAAAAAAAUCGUCAUGAACUUUCUUCCUUACCCCGGUCAUGUAAAGACGAACAAAAGCAGCAGCAACAACAGCCACCGACAAAUACAUCUGCCCUUCAGCUGUCGAAAACUAACACUGUCUGUGAUACAAAUUCAAGUACAGGUCAGCAACCACGGUGCAUCGUUGAAACAAUAACCAUGACCACAGUUACCGAGAGGCAGAUCGUGCAAGAAACCAGGCCCAUGGAUGUUGUUGAUGGCGCCUGCAAAACCGAAGAUGCAAAAGUCGUUACCGGUGCCACUGCUGUUACCCCGGAUGAGGGGUAUGUAAUGAUUAAAUGUGGUAACAAUACUGUGCUGUACAACAACCGAAAUCCAAAUUCCGCAGUACGGCAGUUGUUUCCAUCCACAAAGUUCGUGUGCCCACCAACCCGAAUAAAGGAGACAGACGACGCGAGAUUGUUGAACAAAUAUCUAAUCACGGAAGAGUCACUCAGAGCGUUUGAUAGUCGGUCGAUGAACGGUGGCUUGAGUGGUGGAGGAUUCAAAAGCGAACCGCACAGCGACGACGAUGACGAUGAUACGUCAAACAGUCUCAUUAGGCGAACCAUAGAACGGAGUACUUUAAGGCGGAAUACCGCGAAAAAAAAGAACGUCGGUGACUCCAAAGAAAUAUCUUUGAUCGAGAAGAUCAGGCGGCUGACGUGUGAUAGUGACGAUGAUGUCGACGACUCAGCCAAGAAAGUAUCGGGUCCCGUGCAAGAACAGGGGACCGCUUACACUGUAUUGGUGCAGUGUGAUUCGGUGACGCCGUCAGCAGCAACCGUCGCUACUCCGGCGUACAAGAAACUCACAGAAUUAUUGAGCAGUGGUAGUGGUGGUGGCGGCCGGUAUGAUCAACCGCUGCUACCAUCAGCCAUUCAAUCGACGGCUGAUAGUGAUCCGACUGGUAAAGCUGACGGAGUAGACCUGUGCGAUGGUCACUCGGCUGUCAGCAGCAGAGCGGCCGUCCGCUCAGCAACUAGUGGCAAACCUUUCCUGUCUACGUUAGCGACUGCGUGCGUCACAGGCAACGUGCAUCCGGUCCCCGGUGGAUCGGUAGCAGGAGGUGCAUCGCAACCAUCGCAUUGUCCGCAACCGGAUGUGGUGGCCGGUACUCAAGCUCCCAGCUCGCACAGACAAGAAGAGCUUGUGGCGUUCGUGCAACAGGACUCAGGCCGUCUGGAGAAGAUCCGCAAGCGGUAUAUGCCACUCACUACCACCGCGGCCGCAACAGAGGACGAGGAUGAUGAGAACGACGAUUACGGGUUCAACCGGCGUCCGGAAGUGCAUGGCAUCCGGUCCGGGUUCUCUGCGCAGAUUACCAUCAAGAACAACCCGCAACCACCGCAACGUCCACGGUCUUAUUAUGGUGACCCAGCUCUUCAGACGCCGCCACUCGAUGUUCAACCCGACUUUGUGCCCAGGUAUCCAGCAACUGCAGUGGCGGCUGUCCGUUCUCGGAUUCAAGGUGACACACGGGCCCCUCCACCAUACCCGGCCGCGUCCCAACGAUCCAUCAUUAGAGUGACUCAUGGCCAACAACAGCAGACCAUCCGAGUGCCAUACCAGACGGUCGGACCGGUUCAGGUGCACCUGUUGACUACAGCAGCCGCGGCUGCGUCCACCGCUACCGCCAAUGUUAUCGGUCACCCACCGCAGCCACAGGUUCAAAUCCGACACCCCCCUAAUGAGUAUAUCGUUCAACAUGGCCAUGCCAGAAUACAUCACGGCCAACAAUUUGUUAUCGCCCGCGGCACUCAGACAGCUGCGAUAUCGACCACUCGGUACUACCAGUUACCACCGCCUCCACCGCCCAACAUUCAGCAGCAGCAGCAACAGUUACCACAAUCGCAGUUACCACCACAUGCUUUCCAACCAUCUGACGAGCAUCCGGCGACACAAUUCAAACAAACAUCUCCCACCAGAGGAGUUGCAGCUAGCGGUAGACUACACAUGCAACAGCAGCAACAACAACAAGAGUAUGUCGACCACAAUUUACCUUCAUCGGUGGUCUCGCAGACUUCUAAAAACCCAAUGCUUUUUUAUGGUAUGAAUGUCUGAUUGGUGUCUUUAGUGGUUGUGUAUAACGCUCGAAUGUAGUACAUAAUAUAUUAUAUUAUAUAAAUAUGUAUGUAUGUAUGUAUGUAUGUAUGUAUGUAUGUAUGUAUAUAUAUAUGUAUAUAGUAUAUAUUAAUAUUAUAUACCUAACAUUUUUAACGAUUCUUAAAUAAGUUUUGUUAUAAGUUUAUAACAUAGGUAUAUUUGAAAAUUCGUUUUCGAUGCAUUAAUAUUGCAGAUGUCGCUGAGAGGGGAGAGUCGACAAAUUUUACCAUAAAACAAAAAAUUAAAUUUUGAUAUAAUUCAUGAAUCAUGAGUAUUAUGUGAUUAUAAAUUAUAUAAGUACCAACCUAUUGUACAAGUCUUCCUAUAAUAUGCAGACGAUAACGCAAUGAUAACAUCAAAUUAUCAAAAUGUAGAUUCAAAUCCAUUGUCAAAAUAUUAUUGUUUCAGUGAAAUAACACGUAGGUAUCCAAUUGUUAUAUUGUUAUGAAUAAAAACUUUAUGAUUAAGUUCCAGUAAUAAAAUAUAUAUUAUAUACGUACGCUUAUUGUCAGCAUUUAUCGAAUUAAGUAUAAUGGUUUCAAAAAAAAAAACUCAAUACAUAUUUUAUUUUUAUUGUAUAAAAUACUGAAAAAUGCACUUUCGAAUAAAAUACAUGAAAUAAAUUUUACUCCUUAAAGCAAGAAAAUAUAGUAUUAAUAAUAAUAUAUUAAAGCAAAGGGUGAUUUUCGUGACUACAAUUUAAAUAAAUAAAAAAGGAAAUUUUAUCUGUUUUAAUUUGUGUUGAAAACAUUACCAUGAACAAAAACAUAAAUAUUAUAAUAUCAAAGCACUUAAUUUAACAAUAAGUAUAUUAAUAUAACUCUAUACAAUCAUAGGCCACAGGUCUUUUACAAUAUUUAUUUACCUACUCUUUUUUUUUUUAUAUAGUUAAUAAGUUUCAAAUUGUAAUAAUGUAUAAAAUAUAAUUAAUAUAAAGUAAUUCAAUAACAGACUGUGACGAAAAUUAAGGGUUGUGAAAUUGUAUUUAUAAUACGACUAUACCAAUAGAAAACACGAUAAUAUUAAUCAUAUCGAAGACAUAACACUAUAAUAACCAAAUCCGCAUCAAAAAUAAAAAAAUAAAUUUUGAAUGAUUUAAAAUAAAAAUACUUAACAUUAGAGAAUCAUUAAAAACCGUUUAUUAUCCUAUUUGGUUUGCUAUGAUUCAAUAUUGUAAAUAGUAAUCAAAACAUUUAACAAAAUAAUAAAGAGUAUAAAAUAUAUUUAUUGUUUAAGCUAUUAAUUUUACAUUUCAAAUUUCUUCGGACAGAAAAAUAUCCACAAAUUAUAAAAAAAAAUAUAUUUAUAGAGGUAUUGAUGUAUAUGUGGUACCUAUUAAAUAUUAAAUUAUGCUUGACAAAGUUGUAUGCAAUAUUAUACUGUUAUGUUAUUUUUAAGAUUAAAACAUAAAAUAUUUAUAAUUUUGUUUUAAGAAAUAAAAAUUGCUUGACUCCAAAAAUAAAACAAUAAAAAAAUCUAAAAAAAUUUGUUUGCUUUUAGUACUUUUAUUACUUAAAACAAUAUGUAUAUUAACAAAACAUAAAAUGUGUAUCAAAACUACAUCGUAAUUUCAAGCCAAUUAUAAAGCCAUAAUCAUUUGAAUAAUAAUCGUGAUCGAAUACUUUCAUGUUUUAAUUAAUAAUUUUUAUAUACAUAGGUAUAUAUUUAAGUAUGCAUAUAUUAUCUAUCAAAUUUAAUAGGUAUCAUGAUGAGUUUCAUAAGUAUUAUGGAAAUCAUUAUUUUUUUUAAAUUUAAUACAGUAGUAGUAAAACUACAUAUUAUAACAUUUGAUUAUAAUAAAAUAAAAAGUUUGCUUAUGCGCCAAUAACUAGGAAAAAUGUUUACAAUUUUUAGAUUUUUAAUAAAUUCGAUCACCCCACUAAUUUACCGAAUUUUCACCUCAAUAUCUCAUAAUCUAUAGAACAUUGAAAUUUCAUUAAAACUAUACACAAAUUUAAACUUAUAUAAUGCAAAUUUAUUUAUUUUUAUUUAAAUGUAAUAUAUAUAAUAUAUUUAUAUAUAUAUACCUAUAUUAUGUAUGUACUAUUAUGAUUGGUGCCAAAGCGAUGUUAAACUUAAAAAUAUUAUAAAAUAUGUAUUAAAAACGUAUAUAAAAUAAAAUAUUUUGUUGUUUGAAAUCAAUUUAAAUGGUAGGCUGUUUAUUAUAAUUAUGUUAAACUAUAGUACGAAAUACUAGACCGUCGUUAAUAAUGACAACUUAGGCCUAAAGUGGAAUUAAUUUAAAAUUGUAUUGUUUGUGAAUUUUUAUUAUAAUUAUUUUUAUUUUAAGAAAAUAUAAUGUUGUUGUUGAAAUAAAUGUGUAUAAAUGAUUA